AUGGAAUAUAAAAAAACGAAAAGGCCAAAUCAAUACGUUUUUGAAGGAAGCAAACACAACUCAAAAAGACAAAAGAUAAAUGUAAAUGCACAUUGUAAAGGGAUUUUGAUGUCAGCAUUGAGUAACAGAAGAACAAAUGCUGGAAUUAAAGAGUUGCUAAAUUUUAUAAAUUUGAAUUUCCCUGCUGAUACAAAUAAUGUGACUAAGGAAGUUGAAGUAAAUGGGGAAGUGAAUGGAGAAGCAAAUGGGGAAGAGAAUAAAAUUAGUAGUGUCGAAAAACAAUUAAAGGAAGAAAUAUCUAAAGCAAAUUCUGAACAUAAUAGAUUUGUACCUCUUCGAAAUAUAAUUAAAAAUUUUACAUUUAUAAAAUUUAAUAAUGAAAAUGAUUUAAAUCCAUCAGAUAUUAUUAAUAAAACAUUUACGUUAGCUAGUAAUAAAAAAGAAAAAUAUUUUUUUAGAAAUAUUUGUAAAAUUAUACCACUAGACAGUAUAUGUAAACCACAUAUUUCACCAUUCAUAAAAACUGUUCUCCCUUUAAUGAGGAAACAUUUUACUAAUGGGAAAUGCAUGGAAGAUGUUUUUACAGUCAGCUAUUUGUUAAAAAUAAUGAAUGUCCCAGACGAGAAAGCCGAAGAAAAAGGUGAAGAUAAAGUUGAAGAAAAAGUUGAAGAAAAAGUUGAAGAAAAAAGUGAAGAGAAAAAUGAAGAAAAAGUUGAAGAAAAAAGUGAAGAGAAAAAUGAAGAAAAAGUUGAAAAAAGUGAUGAGAAAAAAGACGAAAAAAAAGACAGUUCGGAAAAUAAAAAGUCGUGGGCCUUAAUAUAUAAAUGCUGUAAUACAAAAACAUUAAGUAAGAGAGAUGUUUUAAAAGUGUUAGACAAUUGUAUAGGAGAUAAUUAUUCUGUUAAUUUAUCAAAACCAGACAUGGCAAUAAUAGUAUAUGUUACUGAGAUUAUGUGUGGUAUAAGUAUAGUCAAGGACUAUGCAAGUACACGAAAAUUUAAUAUUGGAUCUUUUAAUGAUGACUCUUAA